GCCCUGCGGUUAGGACCCUCGCGGGGGGCUUGUGGCUCCCCCUCCUCCCACUGACAACUGCCCUAACUGCUCUUCCUGCCCCGGUCACACUGAAAAUGUAGACGGGCUCGUUGUACCUACGACUGUGCGCCACGGCUCGGGGAGGGGCGUCCCCCUGGAAAUAUUGAACAUAAUCGCUUCUCCAGACUAUGUUAGGUCUUAAUGGUGGGAGGACUCCUGGGUGCCCCGCCCUUUCACCCCAGGGUUGGGGCAGUGGGUUAUGACGCUAUCAGAGGGCGCCAGAGCAGGGACCUGACGCGAGUUGGAGAUGUUGGACUCGCUGUUGGCUCUGGGCGGCCUGGUGCUGCUUCGGGAUUCCGUGGAGUGGGAGGGGCGCAGUCUGUUGAAGGCGCUUGUCAAGAAAUCUGCACUAUGUGGGGAGCAAGUGCAUAUCUUGGGCUGUGAAGUAAGCGAGGAAGAGUUUCGUGAAGGUUUUGACUCCGAUAUCAAUAAUCGGCUGGUUUACCAUGACUUCUUCAGAGAUCCUCUCAACUGGUCAAAAACUGGGGAAGCCCUUCCUGGGGGACCACUGGGAGCCUUGAGAGCCAUGUGCAAUAGGACAGAUCUUGGUCCUGUCACCAUCGCUCUCGAUUCACUCAGCUGGCUGCUGCUUCAUCUUCCCUGCACCACACUCUGCCAGACCCUGCAUACAGUGAGCCAUCAGGACUCCUGUCCUGGUGACGGCUCCCCAGUGGGGAAGGUGCAUGUGCUGGGCUUGCUACACGAAGAGCUUCAUGGACCAGGCCCCAUGGGAGCUCUCAGCAGCCUUGCUCAGACUGAGGUGACCCUGGGCGGUAUAAUGGGCCAGGCUUCGGCCCGCAUCUUGUGUCGGCGGCCCCGACAGCGCCCAACUGAUCAGACUCAGUGGUUCUCCAUCCUUCCAGACUUCAGCCUGGAUCUCCAAGAGGGGCCCUCCAUAGAGUCCCAGCCCCACUCAGAUCCUCAUAUACCCCCGGUGGAUCCCACAGCUCAUUUGACCUUUAACCUUCACCUGUCCAAGAAAGAGAGAGAAGCCAGAGAUAACCUGACCCUGCCCUUCCAGUUCAGCUCUGAAAAACAGGAGGCUCUACUGCGGCCUAGGCCAAGCCAGGCUACCAGCCACAUCUUCUAUGAGCCAGAUGCUUAUGAUGACCUGGACCAAGAAGACCCAGAUGAUGACCUAGAUAUCUGACUGGCCAAAUUUUAUUAGACUGUAAUUGGAAGGGGCACGGGAAGACUUUGGGCCCAGAACCAUCUCUGUUGUUUGUGCUGGCCUUAUCCCUGCCCCACCUUGGUUCCCCUUGUCUAUGGAGCCCCACCCCAUGAGCCAGAAAGCAGUGUCUCAUUAGGACUGAAGGUAGGAUGAAGACAUAGGGUAGCAUGAGAGAGUAGAACACCCCCAUGCCUAAUAAAAUUUUUUUUAUUAAAAAA